AUGAAACGGGACCGGCUCGGCCGCUUCCUGUCGCCCGGGGCGACCCGGCAGCGCGGGGGUCCGGGCGGUGGCGCCUGCGGGGGAGGCCGGACCCGAGGCCGCCCUGUCCGUAGCGGUGAUCCCAGCGGGGACGGGACCGCGGUGGCGGCGGCCGAGGACGGCGCGGAGGAGGCGGCCCUCCUCCUCAAGCUCCCCAGGAGCUUGUGGACCCCGAGUUACUGCGGGCCCUUCCAGGCGGGCUCUGCGUCAUCUCUGGAGCUGGAGGACAGUCACCCCGAGUCUCCUCCAGCGGGCAGCGGUGGGCCGGCCAAGGGGGAUGGGGGACCAGGCCGGCUACUUGCCACAGGGCACUGUCGCCUCUGCCACGGGAAGUUCUCCUCCAGAAGCCUCCGCAACGUGGCAAGCAGAGGGCCUGGGGAGAGUGUUGGGAGAGCACCCCCAGGGGAGCGAGUUCUUAGCAGGGACUUCCAGCACCUGCUGGGGAUCCCCAUCCUCCAGGACCCAGCUCUCUCUCCCUUUGUCUGCAAGAACUGCCACGCUCAGUUCUACCAGUGUCACAGCCUCCUCAGCUCCUUCCUGCAGAGGGUCAAUGCUGCCCCGGCUCGCCACCACAAGCCUUUUACAAAGACUGGGACCCAGUCCCAUGCUGCCUCAGAAGAGAGCACAUGUCUGGACCAGGUCCCAUGGAGUCUCCGGUGCCUGCAGGCCCUGGUGAGGUGGGUGCAUGGGCACGCAACCAGCUGUGCUACCCUGCCCAGCCUGCAACGGGUGCUUUCCUCUGAGUACUGCGGCGGUGUCAGGGCUGUAUGGGGCUGUGGCCAGGGCCACGACUACAUCAUGGACACAGAUUCAGGCUGUGGAGCCCCCAUGUUCGACAGCACGCUGGCAGUCAAGUGGGAGUGGGAAAAGGAAACAGCCACUCAGCUCACCCCUAAUCCUGCUGGGGCUGCCUCCCAGCACUCCCCGGGCAGAGGAACCACCGCCGAGGCUGAGACAGAGGUGCUGCCCAGCACGGACCCAGCCCAGCAGCCCUCCUUGGAUGGCAGUUCUGUGGGUCCUUGUCAGAAUACCCCACCCCAGCCAAGCCCACCCCUCAGUGGGUCUCCAGGACAGUUGAAUGAGAAGCAGGUUCCGUCUUCAGCCUCGGAUGAUCGGGUAAAAGACGAGUUCAGUGACCUUUCUGAGGGAGACUUUCUGAGUGACGAUGAACAGGACAAGAAGCAGAAUACCCCUUCAUCUGAUGAGUCCUUUGAACCAUACCCAGAGAAGAGGGUGUCUAGCAGGAAGAGUGAAGGCAAAGAGGCAAAGCGACCUGAAGAACCCAAAACUCGAAAGAAACCAGGCCCCAAGCCCGGCUGGAAGAAGCAGCUCCGCUGUGAGAGAGAGGAGCUACCCACCAUCUACAAGUGUCCUUACCAGGGCUGCACAGCUGUGUACAGGGGUGCUGACGGCAUGAAGAAGCACAUCAAGGAACACCAUGAGGAGGUCCGCGAGAGGCCCUGCCCACACCCCGGCUGCAACAAGGUGUUCAUGAUUGACCGCUACCUGCAGCGCCAUGUGAAACUCAUCCACACAGAGGUGCGGAACUACAUCUGUGAUGAGUGUGGACAGACCUUCAAGCAGCGCAAACACCUCCUUGUACACCAGAUGCGGCACUCGGGAGCCAAGCCCCUGCAGUGUGAAGUGUGCGGGUUCCAAUGCAGACAGAGAGCCUCCCUCAAGUACCACAUGACCAAACACAAAGCAGAGACUGAACUGGAUUUUGCCUGUGACCAGUGUGGCCGGCGAUUUGAGAAGGCCCACAAUCUGAAUGUGCACAUGUCUAUGGUGCACCCACUGACACAGAACCAGGACAAGGCCAGACCCUCAGAGACAGAGGCCCCCAGGAUUCCAGGGCCCCUUGGGACAAGGGACAGCCAGGCUGUGAAGCCAGAGCCCACCUGA